UCCUAUACCCGUGAACUCACCAGCUGCUCUCCAGUCGCCGUCUUGCUUUGCUUUGAGGUGGAAGGACAGACAGGACUAAGAGCGUUACAAUUAUGGAGACCGAAGUUUUAAAGAUCAUCCUAGCCAGUCAAGGAGCUGUCGACACCGAUUAUUUGAUAUCUAACAUCGGCUACGACGAUUCCACGACUCAGAUCAUCACUAACCGAGAGAAAUUUACUUGGUGUUCUCCUUUUGGCCAGCAUAAGGUGGUGGCUCGGACCAGCCUGAGACUGUGCAGAGCCAGAGGCUGUACUGGAUCAUGUAAGGGGCUGCACCUGUGUAAAAACAUCCUCUUCAGCGGGGCAUGUCAUUUCACCCAGUCAAGGAGAGGCUGCACCUUCUCUCAUGCACUGGACUCCUUUCACAAUCAGGUGAUACUGAAGGAGCUUGACCUGGAGAGUCUGAGCAGGGCAGAGCUAUGUACACUGCUGCUGCAGAGCGACAACUUGCUCCUGCCUGCUAUAUGUUAUGAUUACAACAAUGGUCCCGGAGAGUACGGAAAAUGUGAGCGUGCUGAUGGCUGCGAGAGACUGCAUAUCUGUGAGAGGUACCUGAACAUACACUGCAGUUGCCACAAGACUCAUGAUUUCAACGAUCCACAGCCAUUAAAAAUCCUGCGGAGUAAAGGUGUUCCAGACAGCCUUAUUCCCAGCUUGAAGUCUGCUUAUGCAAACAAAGAGGCCAUAAGGUAUGCUGACAGAAAUGGGAAUGGGAGCAACAAGGGUAACCGUGCGGCUACAAACUACCCUGGUGAGUGUAACAGUGAUGGUCACAGAGGGAGAGGAAGAGGGAGGGGGAGAGGAGGUUUCCGGGGAAAUAGAGGCAACAGAGGCAAGAGGGGCAACAGGGGCAACAGCAGGAACCAGGACAGCCGUCCACUGCAGCAAAGUACCCAUUCCAGUACUGACUCCCUCGCUGACCUUGAUGCGUUAGAUCUGUACGGUGAUGGUGGAUCUACUGAAGAUGACAACGGAACAGCUGACAGAGGGAGAGGUGGCUUCCGCAGCACCUUGAGCAGCCGGCAGGAGCUGCAACGGACCCGUUCAACGAGUGACAUCUUCGCUGCGGGGAGAGCCGAUGCAGACGAGGAUGACGGAGCGAACAGAAGACAAAUACCAAGACCUGUCAGAGAUAAAACUGAGAUAUGCAUGUACUUCAUCAAAGGAACCUGCAAACAUGGUGACGAGCGGUGUUACAAAGCUCAUAGCAAGAUGCCGUACAGAUGGGAGGUCAACAAGGAUGACAAAUGGACCGUCAUGCCCAAUAAUGAGGCGAUUGAGAAGGACUACUGUGACCCAAACAACGCAUACAGCAGCAGCAGCAGCAGCAGCAGCCCACCUGUGCACUUCGACACUAUGACCCAAGGACAGAACAAAGUACGACGACUCUCCACCGUCAACUCUUUGCUUGAGCCGGACUUCAUCCACACCACUGAGUGGCUUUGGUACUGGGAGGACGAGUUUGGAAAGUGGAGCAUAUACGCUUCAGCUACUGGUGGACACAAAGCUGCAGACAUGGACAGCCUUAAACUGGAGCAAAAGUAUCUGCUUAAUGAAAAAGAUGUGGUGGAGUUCACUGCCGGUUCACAGUCAUAUUCACUCAGUUUUGAAGACAUGAUACAAACUAACAAGCAUUAUUCCACCAAGAGGCUGGUGAAAAGACGGCCGCGGUUCAUCUCUGGGGCUGAUGUCCUAGCAAAAAGAGUGAGAAAGCCUAUUGGUCAACCAAGUUCCACUGCUGUCCCUGUUCACUGGGACAAGAGCCAGAUCCCACUAACAGGAUACAAGCGAGUCUCCCUCCUCAGAACCUCAGACGAAUUUAAGGAGAUCGAAGCUCUUUUCUGUCAAACACUGCGAGGUUUUGAUAUCGUCAAAAUCGAGAGAAUUCAGAACAGAGCUCUUUGGGAAGUCUUUCAGUGGCAGAAAACUCAGAUGAUUAACAAUGGAAGUACUCUGAGAGAAAAAAAGCUUUUUCAUGGCACCGACUCCAAAUUUGUGGACGUCAUCAGCCACACCAACUUUGACUGGAGGAUAUGUGGAGUUAAUGGCACUGCUUAUGGCAAAGGUAGUUACUUUGCCCGGGACGCCAAAUACUCCCACAGCUACACGGGUGACUCUGAUAUCAGGUCCAUGUUUGUGGCUCGGGUUCUGGUCGGAGACUACACCAAAGGGUCCUCCGGCUACGUCAGACCUCCUUCUAAGGACGACGGGGACAUUAACUUCUAUGACAGCUGCGUAAACGACAUCGUGACCCCCUCCAUCUUUGUCGUGUUUGAAAAGCACCAGAUCUACCCCGAGUACCUGCUGCAGUACAGGACCACGCACCCGCUCGUUUCAUUGUAUGGUGCUGCGUCGGCACCAGCGCCAAAACCAGUACCUGCACCAAAACCAGUCGCUGCACCGACACCAGUUUACACACCUAGACCAGUGCCUGCACCAAGACCAGUUAUUGCACCACAACCAGUAGCGGCUCCUACACACCAACCCACAUUGUCAUACCGAACCAGCACAGACACCUACCAGUUCAGAACAGCGUCGCCCCCAUCCCCACGAUAUUCUCAGCCUGCCUCGCCAAAGAAGGAUACCUGUGUCAUCGCUUAGAAACAGAUAAAGUUAGGCAUCGUAUCUGUUUGAAGGAGCAUGAUGGAGAUAAUGCUGUGUGCUGUUGUUUGUUGCGGGUAGUAGAUGAAAUAGUGAUAUCGUUUUAUAAAUAUAGUAAAAAGCAUUUCAAGAAGAGUGACGUGGCUCACAUGAGAGUGUCACGUUCAGAAGCUAAUCUGAAGCUCUUGUUUGUUCUCACUGGCGACACCUGUGGCGAUAAGAAGUCAUUGCAGGCAGACCUUUCUUUAAUGGAGAUCCAAACUGUGAGACAAAGUUUCAGACAAAGACUAAAAUAUAUAGCGAGGAUGUGUAAGAUGAUCUGGCUAAAUGAGCUACAUCUUACCUUUUGCUUCCACAUCGUUGGGUGAACAGAGUGAAGCCAGAGAUUGGCUUGCUUAUUCACCUUGCGUCCGCGUACACAGAUUGCUGUGUGAGGAACGUAAAUGUUCCCGUACUUCUCUAAACACUAAAAUGUGUUACUGGAGGAGACCUGUAGAGGGCACACCAGACGGCUCAGGCUGAUGUGCAGAGAGUUACAAAGCAAAGAUGUGGCACUCGAAGGAGGUCAAUGUUAUGUCAAUGCUGACAGUGGUGCCAACGUGCUUGGAUUUUUGUAACGGCCCAGACCUACUUCGUUUUUUAGUUUUGCGGGUUUCCGCGUCGACUUUUUAAAACGGAGUUGUUUGAUCAGUUUGUUUGUUACUGUGCGUUGGUAACAGACACGGUACAGAUGUGGAUGUAUUUGAUUAAAAAAAUAAUGAUAAUUAAAUACAAAUGCAGCUGAAAGUCACCAGUUUACAGGGUCACCUGAUAAACUGAAACAACGUACUCGCCUGCAUUUAGUUUUGCAGGUUUAUGGAACUUAUUUGUCCUAGAUAUUGUGACAGACAUGUUUGUCUCCGUGCAGAGACAAUGACAAACCGUAGAGAUGUGGGUGCUCGCUGACUCGGCCUAUCAGCUUCUCUCCCCAGAAAACUCUGCCAUUGUUGUCGCUGCAACAUCCCUCUGCCUCUACACUGCCCCUACUGGGGAUAUGCAUACUGCAUCUUGCGACAUACAUUUUUGAGGAUGUGCACAGCAGAUGCUGAGAGCAGUUUGCAGGGCACGUGUGGCAGCCAUCAUUUGCACACAAAUGGUUAGCUGAAGCAGGUAAACCUUAGGCCUUAGAGCACUAUGGUGUCCCACAACACGCCUUCAAACCUUGUUGAAAUCAACUUUGUCAGGUUAAUUUUCAGGACGUAGCAAUAUUAUAUAAGGGCUAUUUAAGUGUGUGUACUGGUAGGUUGUUACACCACAAAGUAACCAUAGCAGAGGUGGAUGGCCGUUGCUGGCUGGACCAUGAACCAUUUUUAGGAUUUUUCUACGGAAUGUCGGCGAUUUAAAAAAAAACAAAAAACAAAGUGAACACACAGGCUUUUACUGGUGAAACAUCAGCUCUAAAGCCAGUGUGUGAGCUCAACUGGCAUAGGAUAGUGACUAAGAUAAAUAUAAUUUACAGAAGUAAAUGUAAGAAGUCAUUAAAGCCAAGCGCAAAUAACACUCAAAUAAUGAGUUCCACAGGUGAAGCAGAAAUGGAUCUACUUUGAAUAGUGAUCUAGAAAGACAGAGAGCCACAUUUCAAUUUCAGUUUAUAAAAAAUUAUGAACCGCUUCUGUGAAAAUCUGUAACUAAGGAGUCGAUUCAUGAAAAUGAAGAGUAGGAGGAGCUACUUCAGGUGCAAUUCAUCGAUUGUGGAGCAAAAGAUGGGCUCCUCGGAUCACAUAUAAAAAAACACAUCGCACUAAUCUCAUGUAUAAACAAAAGUGACAACGUCGCACGAUGACUCUAAACGGAGGAGAAACCGGCGCACAGUGUGACGAAACAAGCCCAAAACUCUGUCUUUAUUGUAGAGAUAGUACAGUGGAUAGAGUUUGAAAUCAGGGAGAGAGUGGGGAGUGACAUGUGGGAAAGGACCCACAGGUCGGAUUUGAACCUGGGCCGCCCGCUAACCACUGCACCACCAGUACGCCAGUUUCUAAAAAUCUCAACCCUUGAACAAGUUUUCCAAAAGGUGUGUUUUCAGUGACCCAAAACGCAGUUCGCGCAAGUAGGAAAGACCAAAACGGCCUGACUGUCGUGUGCUGAUGCUAUGGUGCUCGCCGCAGCGGCCGCAGCCCUUUGCUUGCGUGUCGUCCCCUCACUCUCUCCUUCCAUUGUUUCCUGUCUCUCUUUGGCUCUCCUAUCCAAUAAAGGUGAGAAAAAAAUACACGCCUAAGUGUGCACUAGGCCUUUUUUAUUACAUUUGCACUACUACACCUCUAGGGGGAGACAAAAUCCAUGAAGGCCAUAAAAUUGACAGCUUCGAUUACAAAACAAAUAGUGAAGUUUUCUUUGUCUGUUUUGUUUCUUUUUUGUUGUCUCCCAUACUGCCCCCCCCCUUUUUUUUUUUUACUACUGUUAAGUGUCCUUUGGUUUCUUGAAAGGCACUAUAUAAAUCCAAGCUUUUAUUAUUAUGAUUUCUUUCCUUCCAAAUCAUUUAUCACAACACAACUGUGAUACUUUGUGUACUUUAUUUUCUUAAAAAAUAUGGCUGUCAUAAAAUGGUUGUUUUGUUGUCAAACUCUUGAUUUUUGUUCAUUAAAAUAAAUAAAUCAAAGUU